AUGAGUGGCUCACUCAAGUCCAUGACGUUCGAUGGCGUAAAGAUAUCGUACAAAACAUACAGUCUGGACGACCGCAAAACAGAAACGCCAGUGUUAUGUUUUGUCCACGGCUGGUGCUGUUCUUCCGCGCUAUGGCAAGGUCAAGAGCCUCUUUUCAAAAAGCAUGCCUCGAUUGUCAUCGACAUACCUGGCCACGGCUUGAGCGAUAAGCCUCAGGGUAGAGAAGCUGUAUACGGUGCAGAGUUCUUCGGUCGCAGCAUCAAUGCCGUCCUGGAAGCGGAGGAUGCGAACAAAGUUGUCUUGGUCGGACACAGUGUUGGCGGUUACUGGUGCACUAUGGUACUUCGAUUGUUCGGCGAAGACAAAGUCAAGGGCAUCUUCUUUUGCAAUUCCUUCUUCACGGCGCCAACGCACAGUCUGACUUCGACACAACGCAAAGCCUGGGCUGAUUCGAUUAAAGACGAUGAGCAAUUCUCUAGCUUUGUCGACAGCUUGUUCUCGGACAAGUACUCUCGUGCAAUCCGGGAGCAGGUCAGUACGACCAUGGUGCAUGAGACACCGUUGCACGUGAGGACGGGUUGCAUUCAGACGAACUAUCUGUCACAUCAUUGGGGCGUAGAUGAGGUAUACAGCGAGACGCCGAUGCUACACCUUCGGCAGAAAGGGAGUCCUGACUGGGAUGAGCGUGCGAAGUUUCACUUUCCCACGUUGACUACGGAAACAUGGGAGGGAGUUGGCCACUUUAUAUUCAUGGAAGAGGUUGACAAGUUCAAUGAUCGUGUGCAGGUGUUCUUGGAGCAUCACAGUUUGGUGCCAAGAUGA